GACAGAUAGUGAACCGCCUCGCGCAGCAGACUCAACAGCAGUGAGGUUGUUAUCCAAGCGCGAGCUUCGUGUUAUGUCAUCUCUUUACAUACGCACAACAAACACAUCCAGAUUUCUUCGUGUGGGUCGCGGAAGAGCGAAAUAAAAGCAGUCAGCAUGUUUGGAGCAGUCGUGGUUGGCAUGGGCACAGCAGGUUGUGUGAGGAUUAGAGACAUGUUAGCUCCACAGCCUGGCAGUCCUGCAGAGAAGCUCACUGCCCGAGGAGUCAUAUCCAGGAGAAGCCUGGACACUCAGGAAGUGAGUCAGAUCUCAGUAGAAGAGGCCGUGAGCAGAGACGAUAUUCAUGUGGCAUUCAUCUGCACUGAGAAUAUGUUGCAUGAGGAUAACAUCAGAACUUUUCUACAGGCAGGGAAACACGUCUGUGUUGAGUAUCCCAUGACCAUGAACUACAAUGCUGCUGUGGAGCUCUGGGAUUUUGCCCAGGAAAAAGGAUUGAUUCUCCAUGAGGAACACAUCGAGCUGCUGACAGAAGACUUCAAAGGACUGAAGAAGGAGGUAGAGGGAAAAAUCCUGCAGGAAGGUACUCUGCAUUUUACUGGUGGACCUCUGAAGCCUGGAUUUGGUUUCCAAGCAUUCAGUGGUAUUGCUCGCCUCACCUGGUUGGUUGAGUUGUUUGGUGAGCUGUCAGUAACUGCAGCAACCUUAGAGGAGGACUCUGGUAAAAACUACAGCAAGAUGACUGCAAAGCUGCUGACAUCUGACAACAGACCUCUGACAUGGAUUGAGGAACGGGGACCGGGCCGCCCCAGGGCUAAGAACAUAAACUUUCGCUUUGACUCCUGCACCCUGACCCAGAUCCCUCCUGCACCCAGAGGAGCUGUGGGCCUCUUCAUGCAGGACAUGAUCCACUUCGCUGCCAAGCUGGUGGGCCAAGUCAGUCCAGAGGAGCUCCAGAGAGAGAAAAUCAGGAUCCUACACUGCUUAAAACUGGCAGACAAGAUACAACAACUUUGCCAAUGUUAAAUGGGAACGCUCCAGAUUUUGAUAAUCAUAAACCUUGGAUCUUCUUAUUUAAAGGUGCAAUGUGUAAGAUAUUCAUUCAAAACAUAACAAAAUAGCUAUGAACAAAAUGUAAAGUAACAGUUCUGACGUGAUGUCAAAUGAAUUGCGUUGCAGAGAUUAUGUACUUAAAUUAGCAUGCUAACCUGCUAGCCAUACCCGUCCUGUCUUGUAAUACCAUUUUGUGCCUCGAGAGGUGAUAGUGAGUCACUGUAGCAUCCAGUUUGCCCUCAGCCCAACAUGAGAGGAUGGAGAAGUGCCCUAAGCGCUUGUCAAUCAGUGAUGCUGUAAGAGAUCCUCUCGCUCUCGCUCGCACUCCCCGACCUCUCGUUCUUCUGCUUUUUUGUCUCCCACCACCACUUGAUCUUCCCCGUCUCUGACUGGACAGACUGGCGUGAAAUCAUCAUUGUCCAGAAACACAGGAGGCGGAAGUGCCGCUAAGAUAAUCUAUUAUAAAUGAUCUGAUUCUGAUAAAAAAAUGCAUACCAUGCUUGCCAAUCCUUUUUUUUCUGUCUUUUUCUCUGAUAUUUCUCUCUCUCUCCGCUGUUAUGCUCGAGUUUCAAAAAUAAAAAACUUAAUUCAAGAGGUUAUUAUACAGAUCAGCUCGAUCGUUACUGGUGAUUAAAAAAUAGCGGAGGGGCAGAAUGUCUUAGUGGCCGGGAAUUACACAUUGUACCUUUAAAUAUGAACCUAUAUUUCUUUUUCAUCACCAUGCCCUUACGUUUUUGUACUUGUAAGAGUUGUAACAGCUUUUUAUUAUUUCAUCACGCCAGAGAUCAUUUCUGUUUAGGUCACUGAACUGAAUAACACAUGCUAACAUGAUUAGCACAUCUGUAAACAUGCCUUUCUGAAAACAGAAUAUUGUGACUACUGGAAAUAUCAUAUAGAGCAGGUCUCCUGCAUCCAGCAAAAAUUCAGUAGGGUACAUCUGUAUCAUAUAGAAGGUAAUGUUUAUCUUUUUUGUCAAUAAACAUUGUUUUUACAUCAUAAAUGUAAAAAAUACAUCAACUUGGUAACAUUA